ACAUUCUCUUGAUACAAACACUGAUAACAAAUCAAUACUGGUAAAUUGUGUUCCUUAUUCAUACUGCUUCAAGCUUCUAUAACUUUUCCAUAAUAAAUAAUGUUCAAAUUAGCGAUUUUAUUGUUAUUACUUUCGAUUACAGAUGUAGUUGUUUCGUUAGUUUGUGAAACAUGUGAUGGAUCAACAUGCUUCGACAAAGAUCGUUGGGUUCAAGAACUUUGUCCUCCAUCAACUCAAUUCUGCUAUCGGUUAUCUUCCAAAGGACGUGCUUUUCGACGUGGAUGCUCAGAUUAUCCCUGUGCCACACUACCUGGAGUGGAACCUGAUAUGGAAUGUAGAACAUGCAGUCAAGAUAGGUGUAAUAACGAGCGAGAUAGCUUUUUCCAUCAACGUGGUGGUGGUGUUAGCUGGAAAAGUGGUGCAGAAACAUUUAGUACGUCAAUAAUCAAAACUUCCGUGUUUAUGUCUUUGGUUUUGUUGAUUUUUUGAAUAAAUUAAAAAUUGAAAAA